AUCAUUUUGAUAGGCCGGGGCCGCUCCAGUCUUGGCUUCCAUCUUCCCUGGGCCCGGUUUUGCCAGUACUCCUGCUCCAGGCUCACCACUUGGCUUGCCCCUAAUCUCGCAUGUCGUGUUCUCCAGAUGCUGUAGUCGAUUCGCCGCAGACAUCAAUCAGAUUUCCACUGAAUCCAUCCGUCCGCGAAGAGAAAAUUAUUCCGCGACGACCUCAAGCCUAGCGAACUUCCUGUGAAACUCGACCGCGACAGCAUAGCGCAUCUUCAAUUGACCCGUGGGCCCCGGCAGUAUCGUUACUUUUCGACCCUGGCUUAUCGUCCAGACCUGCUCACGUCGUCGCCCUCGGGACUGCAACUACACAACACUCUCGUGUGCCGAUCGGUGGUCUGCCGCCCUCGACGGUUUUUGCACCCGCCACGAAAUACAAGAUAGCCGGCCACUCUCGUUUAUACUCUCUCGACUCUCUUGUUUCGCGCUCGCUCGACUCGGGUGGUGCUGAGGACCGCUCACACACCGCAAAAAUGCUUCUUCCAAAGGGUGGCCUCAACUGGAAAGCCGCAAGAGGCUCACUCCCGCCGUCAAGGGCGAUAUGGACCUUUGUCACAAGAACCAGGUUCCUGUUACUCGUUGCCCUGUCAGGAGUCUUUCUAUUACUAUGGCGCGGCGUCAAAUCUUCAGCUUCCGAGAUGCAGAGCUUCUACUGUUGGGGACCAUCAAAGCCUCCUAUGGAAAUGACGGUGAAUGAGCAGGCAGCAUGGAGCGCCCACAUGCAAACUCCUGUCAUCUUCAAUCACCACACGCCUUUAGAAAUUAACUCGUCCACCAUCAUUCACCACGACCUGAACCCUAUCAAGUCGACGCCCAAGGCCGUCGCUAACGAGGAGCGUGUUCUCAUCCUGACGCCGCUGAAGGAUGCAGCACCUUACCUGUCCAAGUACUUUGAAUUGAUUGCUGAGCUUACAUAUCCCCACCACCUGAUCGACCUCGCCUUCCUUGUUGGCGAUUCUACCGACGAUACUCUAGCUGUCCUCUCAUCCGAGAUUGACAGGAUACAGAAGCGUUCCGACAAUGUCCCUUUCCGCAGCGCCACAAUCGUCGAGAAGGACUUCAACUUCAAGCUAAGCCAAGACGUUAAGGACCGCCAUGGAUUCGAGGCCCAGGCACCACGCCGCAAGAACAUGGGGCGUGCUCGCAACUACCUGCUCUACACUGCGCUGAAGCCGGAACACUCCUGGGUCUACUGGCGCGAUGUCGACAUCGUUGACAGCCCUAAGGCUGUGCUGGAGGACUUUGUCGCCCACGACAAGGACAUUCUUGUUCCUAAUAUUUGGUUCCACCGCUACAAGGAUGACAAAGAUAUCGAGGGCCGAUUCGACUACAACUCCUGGAUCGAGUCUGACAAGGGCCGUAAAUUAGCAGCCAGCCUUGACAAGGAUGUCGUCCUUGCAGAGGGCUAUAAGCAGUACGACACUGGCCGUACCUAUAUGGCUAGGAUGGGCGACUGGCGUGAAGACGCUACCAAAGAGAUUGAGCUUGACGGCAUUGGCGGCGUGAACAUUGUUGUCAAGGCAGAUGUUCACAGAUCAGGCAUCAACUUUCCUUGCUACGCUUUUGAGAACCAAGCCGAGACAGAAGGCUUCGCCAAGAUGGCCAAGAGGGCAGGAUACCAAGUCAUUGGUCUCCCCAACUACGUGGUGUGGCACAUCGACACUGAUGAGAAGGCAGGCAAUGCCUGAAGAGGCCACGGGACUAUGAGCCACCAUUGGCCCAGACGCAAUGUUUUAUGAGCUGGUGUCGAAAUGACAUCAGAGCCGUCCUUGUGACUGCGAUCUUGGACACACCAUUUUAGUGUCUAUAUUAUUCCUCCUCACACCGUAAUACUCACUUCUAGAGCCACAGUUGCUGGGGAGCCUCGCUGAAGCGGCGACAGAAGACAUCAUUAUUGUACGACUUUAUAAGAGACGGGAAAGAUGAAGCGGGUCUCGAACGAUGCGUACGGACAUAUUGCAUUACAUGUUGUUUCGAAAGUUCAAAACCAAGAGGAGUUUUCUUUUUACAGGGUUGGGUUUGGGAAUGCUUCUUGUCUAAUUCUAUUCUCCUAGCUGUUCUAUUCGUCCAUAUCUUCACUCAAGACAAGAAUGUCACGCCAUGAACCAGAGAUUGAGGGAAUUGGUGUGUAUUACAGGCGCGCUAGACAUAUUUUUUCUUCUUCUUUUCUUUCUCGCUCCAGCGACAUUGUUUCUUUCGCGGGUUUAUUGUCAGAACAAAGAUCCAGCAUUCAGAAGCGACUAUCUCAGUCGCGCUUUUUGAGUGAGUAAUGAACCAUCAUAGCAAGUCCUUCAUAUAUAUAUAUAUCAACCUGGGAAACAGUCCUGGACCUCCA